CGUGAUGUGGAUACGGGUUCUGUUACACCUUCGAGAUUCGUUUCGAUUUCUCUUUGACCCUGUAUAUUAAUGCUUUGUACCUUCCGUUAUUUCAGCGCUGUCUCGUGUUACCGAAGAAAUUUUUUUUUUUUUUUUUUUUUUUUGCUGUUCUACGCAAAGGACAGUGUUGUGACGCUAUGAACUGUACGAAGGAGAAACAGUAGCAUGGGGCGGGGUCCUGAACAACAAGAGGGCUUUAGGGUAUAUUUCCACAGCUACCUGCACGGGGGGACCACCAGCUUGUUGUCCACCAUCAUCGUCUUCCCUGUUUACAAAACUAUUUUCCGUCAGCAAAUCAACAGCAUGCCAGUUCAGCAGACAGUGAGGGAGCUCCUCAAAGAGGGGCCCGUGAAGCUCUUUCGGGGGAUGGCCCCACCUCUGCUGAUGAAGACUUUGAAUGGCACGCUGCUCUUUGGGCUCCAGGACACCCUCCAGCAACACUUGUCCAGAUCAUCCCCACAUGUCACCGGCACCGCCGCCCUGCCAGCUGUAGCUGGAUUUGGUGCCGGUAUUGUGGAAGCUGUAGUCUUUACCCCAUUUGAGCGAGUCCAGAAUGUAUUGCAGAAUAGCCAAAACGACCGCCAUCUACCUACCUUGAAGAGUAUUUUAGUUUGGCUGAAGGCGCAGAGGCCAGCCUCAGGGUAUUACAGAGCCUUCCUGCCCAUCACAGCCCGCAACAGUUUAGGCAGCUGCCUUUACUUUGGUUUGAAGGGGCCAAUGUGCGAAGUUGUGGCAUGUCAGGGGCUUUCUCCAUUGGCCUCGUCCUUCGUCUCUGGAACGCUGACCUCCAUGGCAAUCAGUUUGGCUCUGUACCCGCUGUCUGUGCUGGUGGCCAAUAUGCAGGCACAGGUGAGCGAGGAGGCAAAAGGAGUCCGGGUAUGCUGGAGGAUGCUGUGGGAAUCCCGACAGCGGAGCUUGACUCUGCUGUACCGAGGGGGUUUGCUGGUUAUUCUGAGGUCGUGCAUCACAUGGGGAAUCGCCACUGCUAUUUAUGACAGGCAGGAGAGACGCUCAGGGUGAGGAAACACAGGGAGUCCAGUGAUAUGGAAGUGAACCCCCUUGUCACCUUAUUCAACAUGUUUCCAUUAGUGUAGCAUCAGUUCCAACCAGCAAAAUAGAGACAAAAGACAUCCACCCACUUACAACACACAGACAACCUCAGCUUUGUUUGUUGGACAACACUAAUGAAAACCAGGUCUGUACAGAGACUGUAUUUAUUAUAAACCAAAUUUCUUUAUACAGUCAAAGAUGAACUAAAAGGUGCCUUGUGUUUUCAUUUUAUCAUUGAUAUGAAGGAUAUGGAUACGUUCAGAUUUGGACAAGGAUGCACAAAAGGGAACUUCUCUUUUGCCUCUAUUGCAAUCUCAACAUAUGCACUAGUCUGCUUUCGAAAGCUCAAGCAUAGACGCCAUCUGCAGGUUAUUUCUUCUCAAAGCGAGUUAAAACUGUAAAUGUGUUUUAGUGGCUUGUAAUGAAGUGGGUUUUGUGAUGUAGUAAUGGUUACUUUGUUUUCAAAAAGACUAAAAAGUAACUAUAAAUCUCAAACGUACAGUCAUUUGUGUGAUGAAGAAGAUCCACCUCUCACAUCGUCAGUUGAAGUCUGAGUUUAUGUCCUAUCAUUUAAGUUCAAGUGGUUCAAAUUAUACCAGUUUUCAUUGAUUUACACACAAAGUUAAUAUAGUUCUGAUCUUGUGCUUGGUGUAUUAUUGUUUCAAACACAACUAAGAUGCACUGUACGGUGAUGUUAGAGAAUCUUCCAUAAAAUUAAUAUAAUACCAGUAGUAAUACCAGUAGUACAGUAAAGUUUCAUGUGAUGCUUACCUCCCCAACUUCUUUUCUGCUGCCUUUUACGAUUUACUUUUGAUAUUAUUUGUAAUUAAAGAAAAGGUCUUGGUUCUUUUAAUGAAGUGAUGAUUUUUUUCUGGAAUAGUUAACUUAUGUGUCAUGCACAUUGUAUCACACAGAAAUAUUGACAUUUAGUUGAGAUUUUCGUUUUGGUGCAUCAAGUGGCAUUUUUGUAAUUCUGUGACCUUUAAAAUAUUUAUAAAGGCAGUCUCAAAGUAGUCUCUUUAUAAACUUUAAUAAGGAAAGCUGUACUGUCACAGUCAACCUGUCAUUUAAUAAAACAAAGCUGUACUUCG